AUGAUGUCAUUCAUACGAAUGAGUUCCAUCAUAUGUGCACUGUCAAUUAUCAUGAGCAAUGGUAUUUUACUAGCAUACCACAGUGAGCAAGUGUCCGAAGUUCAUACAUGGCAUACAAUCACCAGUUUCAAUGGUUCAUGGUACGGCUCAUUACAUGUUUUGACUGAUAAUGAACAAGUUAUUACUGAACAAGAUGAUUUUAAUAUGUUAUAUUCAUUGACAUUGAGUCAACAACUUGAACCAGAUCCAAAGCAAUCGAACAGUCGAAUAUGUGUAUUCCUGAUUAGUGCUGAACGAGCAGCUUGUCCAUAUAUUGUUCCUGUUAGUUUCCAUGGGAAAACCACUUGCUUGUGGGAAAGUGUCGAAGGAAGAGGAGAGAACUUUUCGAUUCAAUGA